AUGUCAAUUUAUUUUCAUGGAAUCCCUGCCACCUCAACAUAUAAAAAUAUAUUUUAAAUAAAAGUAAUUGCUUCAGAUGGAUAUACUUCUACAUAUGAUAUUUUUUAUAUUGAUACUUCAGGAAUAUCUUUUUAAUUUAUAAUUAAUUUGCUGCUAAAAAUUUUACCACCAAUAUUUACAAUUUUAGGGCUUUAUAAAUAUAGGAGUUUUUUUAUAAAUAAAAUAUUUAAAUAAUAAGUAUUUUUUUCAACAGAGUAAACAAAAAUAGGAGAGAUUCUUAUAAAAAAAAUUCCUCUUUUAGGCAACAAUAUGAUAAUUUGUAGAUUAAUAUUUAAAGGUUUUUUAAAAAAAAUAGAAAAAUAAUCGAAAAAAUAAGAAAAAGGUUAGAAUAGUUAAUUAUUAUAACCUAAUUAGAAUUAAAUAAAAAUAAAAGAAAAUAAUCUUACAGAAAAUUCUGUUAAGAAUUAAUAAAUUAAAUUACACAAAUUCACAUAUAAAUUUGUAACCAGUUCAAAUAAUAAAAAAAUUAAAUAGGCACUUGAUAAUACUAUUAAAAUAAUACAUUAAGACAAUAUAAAUACUAAAAGCAAUAUUUUAUAAAUAAAAUAUCUCAUGAAAAAUGGAAAUGUGGAUUUUGAUUAAGUUUUAAAAGAUAUUUUUAAGUUUAAUAUUACAUUUAAACAUAAUAAUAUUAAAUAUGAAGCGAAUUAGUUUAAUAGUGAAUUUAAAAAUAAAAAUUCAAUUAUUUAUAGAGGACUAAAAGCUUUAAUUUCACGUUAUUUGUUAAAGUUAGACUUUAGGUCCUAUUCAGUAUAUAACAUAGAUGAUUUAGAUUAGUAAGCGAUAUGUCCAUUUCCGGAAUGUUAACUAAACUUAAAUUAAUUAAAACUUAUAUUAAUGGAUUUAUAAAUCAUUAAGCAAAUGAAUUAAUCAUAUGAGUCAAUAAUUGAUUAACAGUUUAAUCCGCAUCUCAUACGAGAAGUGCUUAUUUCAGAUGCUCUAGGAUUGGUGGAUUAUAAACCAUCUGUAUUUCACCCUUGUGUUGGUGAAUCAAUUCAUUUAUUUUCGUACUAAAUACAUUCAAUUGAAGCUUAUUAACAGUUAAAAAGCGUUGGAUGUUUCACUCAAAUUCAAAAAUUUUUAAAUAUUGAUUAUGUAUAAUUUGGUAUUCAUAAGAAUAUGUCUUUACCAAAGUGGAUUAAAGUGUAAAAUAAUAAUAAUGUAGUAAUUUUAAAAGCGAAUCCUAAAUCUUAAGAUUUUGGAAAAAUCUUAAUAAAAAUAUUUGAUUUAGAUUAGUAUAUUGUAAAACAAUAUUUUUUAGAAGUCAUUAAUGGAAAUUAAGAAGAAAGCAAUUAUUAGAAAUAAUAAAUAACCAAUUAGUAUAAAUUAAUUAAAUUAUGA